UGGCGAGGGCACGUGGUGCCCGGCUUCGUGGUGGCGGGGGCGCCGUCGGCCCGGGCGCGGCCAGACAGCGUCAGGGGCUUCGCGUCCGGCGGGGGCGCCGUCGGCCCGGGCGCGGCCAGACAGCGUCAGGUGGCAGGGGCUGCCCCCGCGCAGGCACCGCCCGCGGUUUUGCCAGGGGCUUCGCCCGCGCCGGAGAUC